UUUCACUUCUUUUUAGCGCCAAGUCUCAAAACCCCGAACUCUGCUUCACUUACACUACUAGGGUUUUGCUUCUUCGCUGCAGCGAUUCCGUUGGAAGAAAAUGGGAACCGGUUCGACCUUGGCCAGUAAGGAAGUUCCAAUAGUCGGAAGCGACGCUGUUCGCUGGAUCGAUCUCUCCGUUCCGUCUUCCUCCAACAUUGCCGCCGUUGACGACGGCGGCGCCGCCCCUCUCACCACCGACGACCGCGCCUCCUGCUUCGUCAUCGGAGAUCCUCCUACUUAUCUUAUCUGGAGAAUUCACAAGGCUCAGCCUCACUCUCUCGAGUUGCUCGAACUCGCCGCUUCCAAAGAGUUUCCGCGCGUAGGACUCAGAUUCACUUUCCCUGAUGCGCUUUGCCCCUUCGCUUUCAUCUGCAAAAACGAGAUUUCUGGUGCUUCUAGAGUUCCUUACUUGCUUUACGUGUUGACUGUGUCUGGCGUGGCUUACCUAUUGAAAAUUCGAAAUGUUUCUGUGUAUGCGUCCGUUUCUGUUUUCCCCGUGGAUGAGCUUUUGGAGGUUAAUGUGCGUGGUUACAUUCCCAAUCAUGCUGCCACGAUAACUGCCGUGACAGCAACCGUCGGGGGUCUUGUUGUUGGCACAAGUGAUGGUUCUGUUUUCUGUUUCCAGCUUGGUGUACUCGACUCUAGUGCUCCUGGUUUCAUGCAUGAGCUGAGAGAUGAUGCUGGAAUCAGUCGCUUGUGGGGUUUAAUAUCACGGGGGAAAAUGGUGGGUACUGUACAAGAGUUGGCGAUUUUGGAGUUACAUGAGAAAAAGUUUGUGUUUGUGCUUCAUUUGGAUGGGACGUUACGAAUUUGGGAUCUUGCAUCUCAUAGCAGGGUUUUUAGUAAUAACAUGGGGACUAUGGCAAUGGCAGGUGCUACCUUUGUAAGGUUAUGGGUGGGUCAACCUUACCCAGAUUCUAGUGUAAUUCCUUUGGCAGUUUUGUACAGAGACACAUUGGAUGAAAGCUUGGAGAUGAUCUCUUUAUAUAGCGUCCUAUUUAAUUUUGGGGACAGAAUUGUUUUUUCUAUGGAGCCUUCAGUGCAAAACAUUCCCCUGGAGGAGGGACGCUGCCUUGAUGUUAAAUUAACAUUGGAUAAGAUAUGGAUACUGAAGGAUGAUGAAUUAGUCUCACACACGUUGUCUACAAAUAUUGACGAGGUAGAAGCAUUUUCUUAUGCUUUACAGGAAGAAUUUGUUGCUGAUCAACUAUUUCAAAGUUCAGAGCAUCUUGCUGAUGAAAUUUUGCAGAUCACACAUUCAAUAUUUUCAUCUUCGAAGGAUGAUAUUUUGCCUUUUGUAUCUUCUAUUUUCUUAAGAAGGCUGCUUCUUCCUGGGGUUCAUCAUAAUGCUACUUUGUAUGCUACUCUAGUUGAGUAUAGCAGGCAUUUGGGUGAAUCUGAGUUGCAAACAUUAACCACUGAUGGGCUAAAAAAGGAGAUACUUUCACUCAUAGAACAUGAGGUUGGAUCUGAAAAAGUGUCUUUAUUGCACUGCUGGAAAUGUUUUUUCACCCGGUAUUUCCAUAAUUGGUGCAAGAACAAUGCGUUAUAUGGUUUGCUUGUUGAUUCCUCUUCUGAUGCCGUUGGUUUAAUCAGAAAAAAAUCCAUUUCACUUUUUCGGUCUUUGGAAGAUAUUGAACGGAUUGUGGAGGGCUCUUCAGACGAAGUUAGUGAGCUCACAGGCCUUGUGGAUAUAUUUGACGAUGAUCUGGAGUGUGAAAUUCUAAUCGAAUUGCUCAGAUGUGUUAUAAGUUUCAGCCAACAGUUGGGCAAAACUGCUUCUUCUAUAUUUUAUGAAUCUCUUUUAACUACAUCAUUGAUCUCUUCUGAAGAUAUUGUUUGCUAUAUUGUUAAGAUUCUGGAAACUGGAUAUUGUAUGUCUGGUCCAGUGCUUCAAACUUCUACUUCUGGGAAUCAUAUAGUUGUUCUGGAGAAGGAGCUAGCUGAUCAUAAAAGUUUGAGGAAACUUUCUGUUGAUAUGUUUUUAUCGCUUCAAGGCUUGCACAAAAAGGCUUCUGAAUGGGGCAGGAUUUUAAAAGUAAUUGAGGGUUUCCUGAAAUUUUUGGUUCCACAGAAAGUAAUACAAAAUUUUAAUACUGAAGUGUCAUCAAACAUAAAUUCUUCUGUUAUAGUACAUACUACUUAUCAGAUUGCAAAGGUGAUGUUUGAAUCUGCCUGGGACUUUCUUCUAUUUUUAAGCUAUUUGGUGGACAUCAGUGGUCAGGUCCACUUGUCACAUGAUGAUAUAAACAAAGUACAGCUUGAGUUAGUUCCGAUGCUUCAAGAAAUUAUUUUUGAAUGGCUAAUCAUCAUCUUCUUUACCAUCACACCGUCUGCACCGGCUGUAACUGAAGACUUCAAUUCUAAACUUUCAUCAUUACAAAUAGAUAACAACAUGGGGAAACAAUUAUGGAAUGAGAAGCUUGGCAGAUGUGACUUUACAUUGGCUUUUAUAUUCUUGCUCAACGUUGGAAGUUCAUCCAUAGAUCAUAGCCACGUUUCUUCAGAACAUUUUUCAAAUGUGCAGAGUUUUAUUAAUAAGACAAGAGACUUCAUCAGUUGGAUUAUUUGGGGCCAGGCUGGAGGAUCUUCUACUUUCUUGAGCCGUUCUAUUGAUCUUGCAUUUAUACUUUUCAAGCAUGGCCAGUAUGGUGCUGCGGAGCAAUUGCUUAUGAUUGCGGAAGCACAUUUACUAAAAGAGAAGACAUCCCAAAGUAUUCAAGAUGAUGAUGGUGGAUGGUGCAUACGCCAUCAUCUUCUAGGAUGUUGCUUACUUGCACAGGUGCAAUGUGGAUUACAUGCAACCCAGAAGGAUAAAAAAGUUUCUGAGGCCAUUCGCUGCUUUUUUAGGUCUUCAUCUGGAAAUGGUGCAUCUGAGGCUCUGCAGACUUUAUCUGAUGACUUAGGAAUUCCAUAUCUUGGCUUUAGUGGUUGUACAUCAAUUGCUGCAUGGAAGCUUCGAUACUAUCAAUGGGCAAUGCAGUUAUUUGAACGUUAUAGCAUUAGUGAAGGUGCUUGCCAGUUUGCUCUUGCUGCACUUGAGCAAGUUGAUGAGGCUCUAUAUAUGAAAGAUGACAAGUGCACAAACAACUCAGUUAAUGAAUCAGUGACAACCAUCAAAGGACGACUAUGGGCAAAUGUUUUCAUAUUUGCGUUAGACCUUGGUCGAUAUUAUGAUGCAUAUUGUGCAAUAAUUUCAAAUCCAGAUGAGGAGAGCAAAUACAUCUGCUUGAGACGUUUCGUAAUUGUUCUUUAUGAACAAGGAGCUAUAAAGAUUCUUUGCAGCGAUAAACUUCCCCUUAUUGGUUUAGUGGAGAAAGUGGAGCAAGAGCUUGUGUGGAAGGCUGAUCGAUCAGAUAUUUCUGUGAAGCCAAACUUGUAUAAGUUGCUUUAUGCAUUUCAAUUGCACCGGCAUAAUUGGCGACAAGCAGCAAGCUACAUGUACAUGUAUUCCGCUCGUUUGAGAACUGAAGCAGCUUUGAAAGAUUGUGUAGGCAGUUCCUUGAUGUUGCAAGAGAGGCUGAAUGCACUCUCUGCUGCAGUCAAUGCACUGCAUCUUGUUCAUCCUGCAUAUGCCUGGAUUGAUUCAUUAGCUGAGGGAAGUUCUAUUGUGAAUGAACAUUAUCCAAGUAAGAAAGCUAAAAGAACCCCAGAUGAACAUUCAGCAGCUGAUAAUGAUGCUGAGCCUCAAGGUUGGCAGUCCUCUAUUGAUAUUGAAAAACUUGAGAAUGAGUUUGUGCUAACUUCAGCAGAGUAUAUGCUGUCACUGGUAAAUGUCAAGUGGACAUUUUCUGGAAAACACGGAGCUCUAUCAGACUUGGCUGAUCUUCUUGUCCAAAACAGUUUAUAUGAUAUGGCUUUUACAAUCCUUUUCAGAUUUUUCAAGGGUUCUGGACUGAAGAGAUACUACUUGUUCUUUCUUUUUAGGGAACUGGAAAGAGUGUUGUCUGCUAUCUCAUUGAAAUGCUGUCUUGACAAAGUGGAAUCAACUUGGGUUGAGGAACACAGUCAUUUAUUGAACUCAUCAAAGCAUGAGAUGGUCGUCCAUGGUUCACCUGUUACAGUUUCCUCGACUCCACAAACUGACAGAAACAGUCGUUGGGCAACACUCAAGCUUUACCUUGAAAAGUAUAAGGAACUUCAUGGUAGAUUACCGAUUAUUGUUGCCGAAACUCUUCUACGCUCAGAUCCUAAGAUUGAAUUACCUCUUUGGCUUGUACAAUUGUUCAAGGAGGGUCAAAAAGAAAGGUCGUGGGGGAUGACUGGCAGGGAAUCAAAUCCUGCAUCUUUAUUUCAGCUUUAUGUUAGCUAUGAUCGAUAUGCAGAAGCUACUUAUCUUUUGCUCGAGUGCAUAGACUCAUUUGCUUCAAUGAGACCAGCAGAUAUAAUUAGAAGGAAAAGACCAUUAGCUGUUUGGUUCCCAUACACAACUAUUGAGCGGCUACUAUACCAACUUGAGGAAUUAAUCAGAAUGGGCCACAUGGUAGAUCACUGUGACAAGCUCAAAAAAAUGUUACAUGGUUCUUUACAGAAUCAUCUGAAGAUGUUGAAGGUGGACUCUGAUGAUGCUGUUUCUGUAUCUUCUUGAUUGCUGCUUACACUGACCACCGGAGGUUGUAGAUACUAGAGUGUUCACGUUGCUCUUAAUUACUCGCUGUAUUAACUGCAUAAUAUCCGGUAAAAAAAAACCUUGGCAAGUUGGCACGGAAUGCUGAAAUUUUGGAAUGAAAAAGCUAUGGCAUAGGAGGAUAUUUCCCCUUCUCUUACAAAAGGAAAAGGAUAAAAUAUAACCCAAUGAUGGCCACGGCCUAAUCAGUCAGGAAUUGAAGAUGUAGUCCGUAUAAAUCCAUGUCCACAAAACCAUAUAAAAUUUGUAUAUGAUUUAUCCACAGGAAAUUUCGGGCAAGGUUGACUGACUUUGCUUGAUAUGGGUGCUAUGGCUAGAUUGGCACAAUAGCAGUUCGACUGAUUGCAGGGAGAUUCAGUAUAUAGAAUGAAUGACUAGUGGAUGAACAUGUUACUCGUUUUUUCUCCACUGAAGCUUGACGAAGUGUUCUGGCCCAAAUCCAAUUAGAGGACAUGAUUUAAUUUGAUGCCCAUAAUUUGUAAUCUACAAAGUUUGAAAAUAGUUUAAUGAGCAACUCAGCCAGGGAUAUAAAACCCUACUUGGUUACUAAAUUGCCAUUUGAAAAGAUCCCUCUGGUUUUGUUGUCCUCGAUUUUAAUGUUUCUAGGUUGUAAUAAUAUCUCCCUCAAAUCCUACGUAUGUGUUGUAAUGAUUAUAGCCCUUGAACAUUAUUGAUUGACAUUUUACUGAGCCUUAAUUACAAGCACGGCAAUUUCUUGAACUUA